ACAAAUAUAUAACCCAAUCAAUACCAGAAUGAGAAUCCAACGAUUUCCACCAUACUAUAAGCCCCUUAGCUCCCCAACCUAACCCAAAUCUCCAAAUUCCAAUUCUUCCAAGCUCCAGCCAUGGCGGAUAGUAUAGACAAAAUGAACCCCAUUGUCAUUUUGCUCGAAGAACUAGAACCAGAAGAGCCUAAUCAACAAGUCCCAGACCUCCAAAAAGAUCCCCUAAACCAGUGGUGCGCCUCUAUUAACUGCGCGGCCGACGAGUAUAACUGCAACCCAUUUGCUUCCGCCGCCUUCGUUCCGUCUCCGACAACCACCCUCGCCGUCACCGCUGGCUCCGGGAGUGGCGGCUCAUUCUGGCUCUCGGAGACCGACUCCGACUCCGACUCCGGCCGUGACAUCAGCUGCUUCGUCACCGAUCUCUUUGAUCGCCGUCGCGACGACGGCGGUGAUCGAGGUUCGGGUUCGGUAAUUGGGGGUUUUAAGGUUGAGCCUGAAAAAGGUGGGCUUUCGGUUGAUUCUCGCGGCGAUGGGCUUAGGGUUGAUGAAUCCGACUCCCAAUCGGAUUGCGAAGAAAAUUGCGUUGUUAAGCUUUCGGAUUUCGAUGCAUUGAACGAUGGUGAGGGGUCUGUAUACGGAGAAGUGUUUGAUUGGGAAGAAGUAAAGGAAAGAACGACCAAUAAGGAGGAGAAUGUGAGCACUGUGAUCGACGACGGAGAAGUUGAAGAGGUACCACCGGCGGCGUCUGAAUUCGCCGUGGAAGAUGAAGAUGAAGAUGAAGAUGAAGAUGAGGGGACGCCAGUUUGGGAAGUUCUCAUGGCGAUCAACGGUCUAGCGGCGAACGCCAGCUUAGAACGCAAUAACACAACGGCUGAUACUGGCGCCGCUUCCUAUCUGGCCGCUGAGGAUGCCUAUGAAGAUUACAUGUACGCCGUCGGCCCUGAAUCCGAUGCCCUUUUCGAGCGAUUCAUGGAGAGCGAGAGUGCUCUGAGGGGCAGCCCCCCGGCCGCGAAAAGCGUCGUGGAGAAUCUCCCUUUUGUUGAGUUGACAAUGGAGGAAUUGCGGGGAGAGGUUGCGGCUUGUGCUGUCUGCAAAGAUGAGUUUUUGGUUGGGGAGAAGGUGCAGAAGUUGCCUUGUUGUCACUGUUAUCACGGGGACUGCAUUGCGCCAUGGUUGGGAAUUCGUAACACGUGCCCCAUCUGUAGGUUCGAGUUGCCGACGGAUGAUCCAGAUUACGAGCGGAGGAGGGGCGAAAGGGCUUGUCGGCGUAGCCCGUCGACGAAUUCGGAGGCCAUGUAAAUAGCCCUUUUGGAGACAGUCUCUGGUUCUUUUCAGUAUUAAGAAUGAACCAUAUUAUGGACUUGGAGUGUACUAUUUUCUUGAAAUUUUUAUGCUGAAUAAAUUGCCUUUGAUGGCAAAUUUAAUUCUUGGUGGUAGUACUGAUCACUAGAUUGAAGAAAUGCAUCCUUGUUUUCAAUUUCUUGGUCUUGUCCUAUGUCAGUUCUGUAACGAGGGAUUGGUUACAAAGUUAUUUUAACAGUCAUAAAAUGAUUACUUUUAACUAAUUAUAACCAUUA